AUGCCGACCUCGAAUGGUGAAAGCCACCGGGACCUCAAGCCCUGGGGCUCACAUAUGUCGGACUUUCGAGUUGGCUCACGCAUUCGCAGUCGCUGCGCACCAAGGAGAACUGUCCCAAAAGAUCCUGACAAGUACAGAGGCAAGAAACGGCUCGCGGAGGACCUCGAUGAGUUUUCUCGUUUUAUCGAAACCAUUGCUAAAGAUGUGCAUGAGUAUGUGCAUGAGUCAGCGCCCGGCAUUGGUCAGAGCCAGUGGCCUGAAUCCGAGGAUGAAAGUCUCGACCAGACCAAGGAGGAGGGCACAGGCCUUGACCCUAACAUUAACUACAUGACCUUCAGGAAAGAGCAGGCACAAAUGCUCAUAGAUGAAAUGUGCGCAGCAUGCGGCGAAGUGCCACCGCUGGAGUCAGAGUUAGAGAAUCACCAAAGAAACAUUCAGCGCCACGACCAAUGGUACAAGGGCAUCCUCGACAAUAUUUACCAAGCUCUAUCCUACUCCUCGAAUGAGAAUCUCGACACUUCACCAUUUCAUGAGAGCAUGUUCCGGUGGCUCUGUGCGAAUUCAAGUGCAGCCAGCCAGCAAGCGAUCCUUGAUGUCCUUCUCCAUCCUCAUGUGCGUUCCUACCGUACCCGAGCGGUGCUAGGACGCCAGGACUGGCGCGACCUAUUUCAUUCACUGGAAACUUUCUCUCUGGCAACUCAAGUACCUCGCAUCCCAUCCGUUAUUGGAACAUAUGCCUUGUAG